UAUUUGAACCAACACAUAACGCACGAUUGCAAAUGGGCAUCACCAUCAACUCCCCACUCCCUGCGAGCUUAGCCUCUGAGUGCCGUAAAGCUGCUCGAAUUUUAAAUAGCUUUACUGAUGAUGGCAGAGGCGUUGAUUUCAUUAUUCCCCCGCAUAUCUUGAAAGAUGCAAAAGGCUUGGCCAUUUUUACAGUUUUGAAAGCAGGUUUUUUAUUCUCGGGCCGCGCUGGCUCUGGUGUAGUGGUUGCAAAAUUACCCAACGGAAGUUGGUCUGCUCCGGCUGCAAUUAUGACUGGUGGUAUGGGCUUUGGAGGUCAAGUGGGCGCUGAGUUGACAGACUUCAUUAUGGUGUUAAAUACAACAGCUGCUGUUAAGACUUUCAUGCAUCAUGGCUCUAUCACUUUGGGAGGCAACAUCUCAGUCGCUGCUGGACCUGUGGGUAGAAAUGCUGAAGCUUCAGCUGCAGCCUCAAUUAAAGCAGUGUCAGCUGUUUAUUCUUACAGUAAAACCAGAGGUGUAUUUGCUGGUGUUUCAUUAGAAGGAUCGGUUAUAUUCGAACGGUUUGACGCUAACAAAAAGUUAUAUGGAACAAAAGUUUCAGUACGUGAAUUAUUAAAUGGUACGAUACCACCGCCUGCGUCAGCCGAUCCAUUGUACAGAGCUUUGGAACUGAAGUCAGCCCCACCUAAUGGAGGAGGACGGUUUGGAUACAUGGAUGGGUUCGGCAACAAUUCUUAUAGAUCAGAUUACAACAAUUACAACAGUAGCAGUUUCGCUAGGAACGAGGACCCGUAUAGUCGACGUGAUGUUAGUGAUAGCAAUUAUCAAGGCUCUAAUUUCAGCAACAGCAACGAUAGUGCACCAAAUCGUACAAUGUCAUUUAGCAGAGGUGCAGUGCACACUUUGGCAAAGUCAAGAGGAGGCGCAGGAGGAUAUAGCUCGAGUUUGGGAAAUAGUCAUAGACCAAGGGGAAGUAGUACGUCAUCUUGGAGAAGUGAUGAUUAUUAUGAGUAUGAUUUACCAAGGCAGCAGCAACAACAACAACGGAUCACGUCGCCACCUUCUCCCAAUUUGACUACGUACGGCAAUAACAGUAAUAGUAAUCAAGCCUUGGUUACUACAACGACAGCAGUAAAAACGAAUAACAACAGUGAGCAUGAUCUUCGUGCUCGAGCAUUGUUCAAUUUUUCAGGCCAGCAAGAUGGAGAUUUACCGUUUAAGAAAGGAGAUAUCAUUACCAUUGUCCAUAAAUCAAACACUCAGAAUGAUUGGUGGACAGGCAGAAUAGGAUAUCGAGAAGGCAUAUUCCCUGCAAAUUUUGUGGAGAUAUUGUAAAUAAGCAGGUUGCCAUGGUUUUUCUUUAAUUUUUUUGGCUCCUUUUUGAUAACGGUUAAAGUAGUUUGUAUAUGAUUUUAUAUUUAUUUUGUCAAAUACAUAUCCUGACUGCAACGUUGCGCGGGUUUGGACGAGUUAGCAAAUCAUUAAUAGACAUCAGAGACGUAUUAUCCUCAUUUUUUUAUUUUUUUAUUUUUUUUUGAAAAAAUUAUAGUACAUUGUGUUACUCAAAUUAGAAGUAAACGAACAUUUCUUUUCAAG